GCGCGGAGAGCUGCGAAGUGGCUGCUGCCCCUCCUGGCUUCCUUUUGCCCAGGGGCUCCCGACGGUCACCUCUGGAAGGAAUCGCGGUUAGGGUGCGAAGGCCAGUCCCGGCUUGGGAACUGGAUGGGAAGCAGCCUCAGCCAGGGUGGCUGCAGGGGCGGCGGGCAUGGGGGAGCGCCUUAGCACGGCCAGCUCUCCGCCGGAGCCAGACGGAGCUGCCCCCGAGCCGCGUCUCUCGGGCACGGAGACCCAACCUCCGCUGCCCACAGUCAGUGGAAGGACACCAAGGCCACAGCAAGAGGACGAUGCUGGACCGCCGCCGACUGAACCGUCAGGCCAGGAAGCCGGCGACGGCGGCGGGGCUCCCUUGGAGGAGGGUCCACACUCGGAAGCACCAAGUAGCAACAGCUGCCGGCUUCCUUUGAGGCCCGUCUCCCGUGCGGAGAGCGAGCAGUCCCGCGACGGCCCACCGCCUCUUCCUUCUCCUCCUCUUCCUCCAACUCCAGGAGAAGAGGGCCGACAAGAAGACCCCCCGCCCGCCGUCUCGCCGCCGCCGCCGCCCUCCCAGCCGAGCGCAGUGGGAGUUGGAGGAAAGGGGACCCCUUCCGGCAACGUCGAGGUCGACCUGUAUCUUCUGCCCGAAUCUUUCUCCGGGCUGAUCUCCGGGGACUUCGGGACCCUCUUGGUGCUUUCUUGCCGCGUCUGUCUGGAGGAGAAGCCCCUGAAGCCGCUGCCGUGUUGCAAGAAGCCAGUCUGCGAAGCGUGCCUCAAGCGCUAUCUCAGCUCCCAAGUGCAAGUGGGGCAAGCAGAUAUCCCAUGUCCAAUAACAGAGUGCAGUGAACAUCUGGAUGAAACCACCAUCCUCUUCAAUUUGCCACAUGAUGACAUCAUCAAAUAUAAAUACUUCCUGGAACUUGGCCGUAUUGGCUCAAGCACCAAGCCAUGCCCUCAAUGCAAGCACUUUACAACCUUCAAGAGGAAAGGUCAUAUUCCGACCCCUACCAAAAUGGAGAACAAGUACAAAAUCCAGUGCCCAACCUGCCAAUUUGUGUGGUGUUUUAAGUGCCACUCUCCUUGGCACGAAGGUGUCAACUGCAAAGAGUUCAAAAAGGGAGACAAACUGCUACGUCACUGGGCCAGUGAAAUUGAACAUGGGCAAAGAAAUGCUCAAAAAUGUCCAAAAUGCAAGAUUCAUAUUCAGAGAACAGAAGGCUGUGAUCAUAUGACUUGCUCACAAUGCAACACUAACUUCUGUUACCGCUGUGGGGAAAGAUAUCGCCAGCUUCGUUUCUUUGGAGAUCACACAUCAAACCUCAGUGUUUUUGGAUGCAAAUACCGCUACCUCCCUGAAAGUCCACAUUUAAGGAGAUUAGUGAGAGGCUCUGUCUGUGGUGGGAAGUUACUUAUUGCACCAGCAAUACUGGUUUUGGGACUGGUAGUAGGAGCUGUAGUUGUUCUAAUAGGUAAGAGAAAAAGGUUUAUUUGUAUUCCCCAUCUAUUGCCUUUGUAAAAAGAAGAAGAAAAGACCACAAACUGAAAUGCCCUGGUACGAGUGAGGAGUUGUGAAUCUGAAUGGAGCUGAUUCUGCAAGGCUUAUGCAAAAUAACAGCAACACAGCAAUAGUGUGUUGGUUAACUAUCUUGAUAUCACAGCUCUGGCGGAGAUUAGGGGCCAUCUGCCAUAUUCCUAUUGCACUGUACACUACUAAAGACAAGCCAGAAUUCUGCUCAGACCUGGGGCCUCAGAAGUUGUUGUUUUUUUGACUCCCAACCCAACUGCCUAAGAUUUGGUUCAGCUCUUCUUUCUUGAACACUUAUAUCUGCACUGUAAAUGCCUAUCUACUGAUGAGCUCAUGAAAGGAGUAUAUAAUUCAGCAACAUUUUCCCUAGUUAUUGACAAUAAUUCUGGAACUUUUGCAGAAACAAUUUGAGUGAAGGUGACUUCAGAGUUUGGUUUCAUGCUGGCAGUUGAUUAAAAGUGUUACUUUAAAUGAUUACUGUGGUCAUCAACAGUAUGAUGAUUGGAUCCAUUUGGUGCUGAAUGCAAUAAUUGUCUUAGAUGUGAUUUUUUUACCUAAUAAUGAACCAUAUUAUUAGCUGUUGACAGAUAUGCAGAAUAGAAAUAAGAAAUGAUUAGACCAGCAUCAAUAUCUCAUACUUUACUACUGUUUAAAAAGUUGGAAAAAUUAGCUUGGAUGUUUGGGAGAUAAUGUCAUCCAUUUACAGUGUUUUGAAUUGUAUAAGCAAUUCACUGUAUCUGACUUAGAGAAAGACAAAAACCUGCUCUUUAUGAUUGUUCUGUAGUGUCUGAUGCAAUGCAAGCGUUGCCAUACAUAUCCACACCACAAGACAGUAGCAUGAUCAUAACCUAGUAUGCCACAGAAAUAAAAAUGUUUUGAAGAGCUAGGAAAUGAAAUAAUCUUCCUUCAGAUAGUUCUUCAGUGUUCUUCAGUCCAUUAUAGUAAUACUUUGCUCUGAAGAAAUCAACAUAUAUUACAUUUCCACCAAACUGUAUCAGUUUGUCUAAAACUAUGUUUCCAGUUCUUCCCUAGGAACAUCUAGGAAUGUCUAUAGUUCCAGAAAAAGGUUCUUAAUAUAAGGCCAAUUAAAACUCAGUGCCAGUUGGUCUGGUUCUUCAUAAUGGUGAAGAGAAAAUGUGGACCUUAUUGAUUAGUCUGCCAUAUCAUGAUUCAUCCCUAAAAGUUGGGAAGGAUCAUGACUACCAGGUGAAAUCUCUGUUUUUGUAUGGACUCAGCAUGCUAAUGCUUCUCUACAGUUCUCUGGUGUUCACCAAGUGUCAUAAAGUAGGUUAUUAUAUAACUAAAUUGACCCAUAUACACAUACCAAAUAUAAGAGAUUAAAUUGAUUCCCAGUAAAAUUCUAAGUUUCUUAAAAGCUGUUACAGUAAAAUCGAAUUGUACAUUUGUUUGACUUCAAGAGUAGUUAGCCAAAUAACCUUUUGUUUUUCUUGUUGGUUUGCUUUUAAAAUAAUAACCAUUGAUUGGAUUUAAAAUUUAAAAAUGAUAAUAGGCUAACAGGUUUAGGAAUUAAAAUCAAGGAUAUUUUUUUAAAGUUUUUGUUUUGUUUUGUCCAGGGUAAUAUAGAAGAGAAUGUUGGGGAAAAGGGGAACAUGGUAUGCAGUUAGUCCUUAGGAACUGAAUUUUAAAAGCGUCCUUUAAGUCACUGAAGUAGUUCUACAGUGAGAGGAAGUAUCUUUCACUCAUUGAAGAUCUGCAGCUCAAGUGCAAUCUCCCUCCCUCCCUCUUUCUUUCUCUCUCUCUCUGCCCCCCCCCCCUCUCUGUGUCUGUUUGGCUUGGGUGAGAGAGGCCAAAUCACCUUUUCCAUUUCUAUGAGUCAGUGUUGAGACUUCCAUUUGCAUUCUACAGACAGGAUGAUUCAGUCUGAGGUGUUAAUGCUUCUUUCACUAUUGGAGAUCCUUAAAAAAGUAAGACAGUAUUAUUGAAAAUGGCUAUUUUGCAAAUUGUUUGUUCUUGAAUUCAGGUUAUACUAAUGCUAAUAGGCUCCAUGCAUUGUACAGGAAGGGAACAUGUACACAUUUUAGCAAAACUUCUUAAGUAGAGCAGUUUGUUGAUUGAUAUAAAAUCAACUGUAAUAUAUAAUCUAUAUUCAUUGUUGAAGUAAACUAAUGACUCUAAUUUGUUAAAUAUUUUCACUUUAAAUUAUGUUUUGCAUCAGUCAUUUUCUAUUAAUUCCAAAUAAUACCCAAAUUUACUGCUGCCUUUUCAUCCAUUAAAAUUAAACUGAUUUUGGGAGACAUUGCAUUUUAACAUAAUUUUUAUUUAUUAAAAAAUAAGAUUAGAUCUGUUGAAAUUAACGGCCUUUAAAUUAGUUAGAACUACUUUAGAUAAUUUGAUUUCAAUGGGUCCGCUGUUAACACAAAUCUGCAUUCAACUAUAUAUCAUUAAUAUGUUUUUAGCUUAAUAUGUUUUUCUUUUAUUGUGUUUCUCAAAGUUGAAUGUUGCCUUAAGAAACUUUUUUUUUUAAGAUUGUAUACUUAAUCCCAAAUAAUUGUUUUCUCAGGCCAAACGUAUCUAUUGUCUUUGAUUUACUCAGGGAUUUUAGUCCUUCCUUAUAAUAUCAGAUGCUUUUUUGAAAACAUUUUUGUAUUACUAACAUUCAGACAUCCACGUUAUGAUUGGAUUUGAUGUUUAUAGUGCGGAAUACAUUAAAGGAAUGCUGAGGCUUCCAUUUGAUUUAAGAAUUAUCUUUUCCUGCAAUGCUUCCAUAUUUCCCCCCUUCUUUUAUCCUUGUGAAACAUACUAUUUAUAUAGUAAUCCUUGGAUUUUAUCUAGAAAGCUUCAUAUUUAAGAGAAAAUUAUGUGCAAAAAUAAAUGCUUAUCAGCUAACCCAUUUGGCUAGAAUACCAUCAGGUCUUGAUAGAGAUAACAAUCAGUGAUUUUGCGUACAAAUUCUGCAUUUGAACAAUCAGAGUGGACCCUUAUGAAAUGCUGCAGUCUUUUUCAUUCAUGUUGCACAUUUGGGACCAUAUAAGAUAAUCUCAUUUAUGGAAGCCGAACGUUGAAUCCAAAAGUGGAUUAAUUUUGCUGGAUAAUAUGCAUGUCUGUUUUCCUUUUUUUUAAAAAUGGCAUCUUGGAUAUAAAUUGGAUAGUAUUGAAAAAGUUGAUAUAUUAAAAUAAACAAAAGACACAAAUAUGUAUGCUACUUGGGCCUGUAAGAAUUUUAAAAUUGAAGCUUUAUUCCCAUUUUAAUUCUUAACUUUUAACACUAAACAUACUGCUUGAAGAAAUAUUUCAGUCAAAUCCUUUAGUAAAUUCACCCCAAAAUGAAUUUAUACUAUCCCAUUUAAAAAACAUGCAUUAGCUGCUUUCUAUAAAGUGUUUAUUAAAGAUUAAUCUUUGCAAAUUGUACUUUAGUUAGCCUUAACUACGUAUCUGUGAACAUGUUCAGUUUAAUAAUCAUUGAAUAAUUAUGGAUUGCUUCUGGGAGAAAAUUGUAUUUUUCUGAAAUGUUUUUUGACUAUUAUAAAUAUUGUGUUUCUCUUUCACAAUUUCUGGCUUGUUCUUUGGUGCUUUUCUGAGAAAAGUUACUCCAGUUUAAAUUACUUUUGUUCCCAAUGUCUCCAGUCUUUCCUUAUUUAUAGUAAGGAAGUCAUCUUUAAUAUUUUUAUUUAUAUAAUGUGACUUUAUCAAAGCAAAAGACUUGAAAUAUUUAAAUUAUUUAAAAGUUUCCUUUUUAGAAUAUAAUUCUUUUUUAGUUUGACAGUGAAAAAUAGAAAAGCUUGAAUGAUAUUGUGCCACUCAAGUAUUUAUUCUAAGGUCCUGAUUGCUGUAUAACUAAAUAUGUCAACCCCAGGAAAUUAGAUUAUCCAGUGCUUUUUAAUAUAUAUAUUUGCCAAAUAGAAUUGUAUUUGCAUUUAAAAUAAAAUACUAAAUUGCAUGUGGAUUUCAUCUUAAUGGAGAAAUCACUAAUAUUCUGGCUCCUUUUGAUAUUUGCCUUGUGUUUGGUUUCAGCAAAUAGGCUUUCUCUGAUUAUACAAACUAUUGUGGUAUGUUUGGACAUUUUCAGUAAACGAAGUUACCUUAUAAAAAUCAUAAUCAUAAUACAGUGCUGUUCUUGGCUACAUAUUGGCUACAGUUCUAUAUUUCUAAAGCACUUUCUUUAGAAUUAUUCAUUUAAUGUGUUGUCUAUAUCAAAGUAAUGAAUAGAUUUAAAAAAAUAAGAUGUAGUCAUGUAACACUACUGCCUUUCUGGUACAGCUUUCAGCAAAUUAUAAGAAAUAUGAUUUUGCUUUAGGUGGCGUAAUGAUUGAUAAUCUAUAUUGAUGCUUGCCUGUUUUUUUUUCUAAAGAUGAUGGCAUUCAAAGUUUUUGUUAAAAAUAGAGAAAGCUGCACUACAAUUUGAUGGAUCUGACAUAUUGAAAAAAGCAGAUGAAUUAUUGAACACAUUUUGUUUUGCUGACGUUAAUCUAUGACAAUACAUCAUCCAUUUAUACUUCCCUCCAGCAGUGCUGAUUUAUGCCUUUAAAGGGCUUCUAUAAUUGUGUUAUCUUUCUGAAUGUGUCUUAGUAUUAGCAAAAUAUGCUAGAGAAGGAAACUCUCCAUGACACGCAUAAUAAUUCUGUGGCAUCAGAUCUGAUAGUACUGAUCAACUCUAUCUCAUGGGAGGAGAUCACUUCAUUUCCCAUCAAGAGAUGUCAACUGUGUAAGUUGUUGCUUUACCCAUUUGCUUCUCUGAGGUGUAUUUUGUAUGGCAAUAGGAUCUGAAUACAGAAUUUUGAAAACUGUAGAGUACUAAUUAUUACUGAGUACACAGAACAUUAAUUUACACUUGCAGUCAUAUACAGAAGUUUCAAGGACAAAAGAGUAAAUAUGUCUUUUUUCCCCUGUGUGGCAUCCACAAUCUUUUUAAUGCAUUGCCAAUGUUAUGUGCUAACUUCAUAGCUUCUCUGUUUGUAUAACAUUUCCAAAUAAGUUGCAUAUGAAAUCCUGACUAUGUGAGAAGGCAAGGUGGUUUGUUUGUUUUGAUUUAUUUAAACAACCUAGUAUGUGUUAACAUUACAUUUGGACCUAUAUGUACUUUUGUGCUGUAAUAGAUUUUAUUUGAUUAUAAAAAUCAUAAAGAUUAUUUAUGAAAGGAAGUGGUGGACUAAUUGACACACAGUAAAUCUGAAACAGUACCCUUCCUAUGGUAAAAAUAAAAUAAAAAACACCUGUGUUCUCCUCUGGUUUCAGAA